AUGGCCAGCACCCUGUCGCCGGCGAAGGUCGUACUUCUUGCUGUGCACUUCGCUGGGCAUGCCGAUAUCGAAAGUCUCGCCGCCCUAACGGCAACUCAUGCGUCUAUUCUCCAUGAUGAACUUUUACUCCGAAUCAUUCUGACGCAUUUACCAGAGACUACGAGACCGGAUGCCUAUACUGGCUUCCUUCAGAACGUAGUUGACCAUGCCUCUGAGGGAGGGCAACUCGAAUCCCUAGAUACCUCGCCUGUUGACAGGUUAGACGACGGCGAAGCUGCCAAGAGGGCCACUAAACUUCAUCUACUACCGCUACUAUACCCUUGCACACCAGAGACUUCCCAAGGAGAUGCGCUCACCCGUUUUCUGUUUCUAAGGACUCACAAGAUGGACGAGGAAACUGGGAUGCUUGCUCAGUUGCUCGAUUUGCUGUUACCAUUUCUCUCUCGCAAUUCGGCCAUACAAAAAUGGGCAAUGGCAACUGUAUUGCCAUACGUACGGAAGGGCCUGGAGUUUCGCAUGGGACAGCCACCUGAAUAUUCCUUGGCCGAGUUUGAGAAAUUGACAGACCAACAGGCCGUUAAGUUCUUACUGUCUCCAGGAGGGACCCUCAGUCAAUCACGAGACAACGUCGACCAUUCUUUAAGAAAUGUUGUAGGGCCAUGGCUCUAUGAUAUAGACCGCUGGGACUGCUCGGGAAAGACGUCUGGAGAUGAGACAUCGUCGGUAUUCUGUCCUGGUUGGCAGCAUGUCAGGGAAUGGCUGCUCUCCCAAGCAACGCUAUCGUGGUCCGUCGCUGUUCUGGCCAUUGAACGAUGGGGUGGCCCGGAUGAUGUGGAUUUCGGCGAUGGGAUUCCUCUCUAUCUUCCGGCUCCUUACAAGUAUUAUCUUGAGCAAACAUAUGCGACAACUGUGAUGGCUUGUGUGUAUGGCGUACAGGAAGCAACCCUGGAAUGCUUAACGAGAAUGUAUUCCUUAUUGACAACUCUAAGGCAAUACCUUGGGUAUGAUGUGGAUGUCAUACCUGUUGAGCAAGCAAUAAACGCUUUGCUAGACCUAUCAGUCACGGACAUUUCGACAUUCCAUGGCGGCCGGGUUGCGAGUUUCAUGAGAAAUUCCUUAUUAGAACAACAUAACCCGUUAACGAACCCGAGCCAAGAUUCUACCAAGUUUCUCCUCGCUCUCGUUCUGAGUGCUUACCUCCUGACAACUUUUGGCUCACCCUCAUCAGUGAGGCGUGCUGGGGAACUUUCGCUUCUCCAAGAUGAACGAGACCAAAAGGCUGAGGUUUUGAAACUCCUAAGAGGCAUCGCGGGCGAAGCUCCAAAUGAGAGCGACGACUAUUUACAACGAGCCCGUUUGUCUCUGCUUUGGCUCCGAGACUGGGGUCAAGGCAGCACAGGUACGAGCCCUGGCGAACCUGCACCACAGGGUGCACUCGGUAUGGUCGCUAGGGAAUAUAUGGAAGCAGAGUUCUUGAAGUUACUAUUAUCCAAGGGGCGUAGGUGA